AUGGAUGCUCUAAAGGAACUGAGCGCGGGCAAGGACUGCUCGAAUACAGAGAUGCUCUUCGCUUUGCUGGCACAGAAUGAGGAUGUGCGCAAAGAAAUCCCUCUCUGUGCAGGCUGCAACCAACACAUUGUGGACAGGUUCAUCUUGAAGGUGCUGGACAGACACUGGCACAGCAAAUGCCUGAAAUGCAGCGAUUGCCAGACCCAGCUGGCUGAGAAAUGCUUCAGCAGAGGGGACAGCGUGUAUUGCAAAGAGGACUUUUUCAAGAGGUUUGGGACAAAAUGUGCAGCCUGUCAGCAGGGGAUCCCCCCUACCCAGGUGGUGAGAAGGGCCCAAGAUUUUGUCUACCACCUGCACUGCUUCUCUUGCAUCGUGUGUAAAAGGCAGCUGGCCACGGGGGACGAGUUCUACCUCAUGGAGGACAGCCGGCUGGUCUGUAAAGGAGACUAUGAGACCGCCAAGCAGAGAGAGGCGGAGUCCACGGCAAAAAGACCCCGAACCACGAUCACAGCCAAGCAGCUGGAAACCCUGAAAAACGCUUAUAACAAUUCCCCUAAACCUGCCAGGCACGUGAGAGAGCAGCUGUCCUCAGAGACCGGGCUGGAUAUGAGAGUCGUACAGGUGUGGUUCCAGAACAGAAGGGCUAAGGAAAAAAGACUGAAGAAAGAUGCUGGAAGGCAGAGAUGGGGCCAGUACUUUAGGAAUAUGAAAAGAUCCCGGGGGAAUUCCAAAUCUGACAAGGACAGUAUCCAGGAGGAAGGCCCAGACAGUGAUGCUGAGGUCUCCUUUACAGAUGAGCCCUCUAUGUCAGAAAUGAGUCAUUCCAAUGGGAUUUACAGCAACCUAAAUGAAGCUUCUCCUGCUUUGGGGAGACAAGCUGGGACCAACGGGAGCUUCUCUUUGGAACACAGUGGCAUUCCCGCUCAGGACCAGUACCACGACCUCAGAUCCAACAGCCCCUAUGGGAUACCCCAAUCACCAGCUUCUUUGCAGGCAUUACCAGGCCACCAGCCUUUAAUCUCAAGCUUGGUUUAUCCAGACAACGGUUUAGGCAUCAUAGCUCAAGGUGGACAAGGCGUGCCCCAGCCAAUGAGAGUCUUAGGAGGGAAUGGACCCAGUUCUGAUCUCUCCACAGGGAGCAGUGGAGGGUAUCCAGACUUCCCUGCUAGCCCUGCUUCUUGGUUAGAUGAAGUUGAUCAUGCCCAAUUUUGA